GAGAGAUGUGAUACGCCUGUAUAUAUUCGCCGGCAGGACUAUGUUCCUUUAAAGACGAUCUCCUCCGUGUAUUGCUCGGCAUUCAGUGAUGUCGCCUGCUUGUGUGAUCCACCUGUAAAAGCGCGAUACAGGCACAAGCCAGGGGUUUCUCCCUUUUUUUUUUACUUUUUUUUUUUUUACUUGAUUUUUUAUUUCUUCUGUGAACCCCCCCCCCCCCCACCCUCCUCAAUUCCCUCCUUACCUUUCCCCCUCCGACCCCUUCUCCUUUCGUUCCAGCAAGGAAGUCAUUUGUGUGUUUUGAUUUAAUAAAUAUUUUAUUUCACAUCCUCAUUUUAUGUCAUUUAUCUUUUAUGUUUGAACUUUAAGAAAUACAUAUAUCGAACACCAUUGGCUACUUAUUUGGACGUCCGUAACUUUCAUUUAUAAAAACGACGACAUCUCGGCGCUAACAUGGCAGUCAGACUGUGCGAUGUGGCUUCUCUGCUUCGAAGUGGCUCGUGGGCAUCCGAGCCUUGGACCGGGGUAAUUGCUGCCAUGGAAACGCAGCUGUCCAACGGGCCCACGUGCAACAACACCAGCAACGGGCCACCCAGCAUCUCCAACAACUGUUCCUCACCGGUGGAGUCGGGUAGCUUGGAGGACAGCAAGACCAAUCUGAUCGUCAACUACCUGCCUCAGAACAUGGCCCAGGACGAGCUCAAGAGCUUGUUCGGCAGCAUCGGAGAGAUCGAGUCGUGCAAGCUCGUCCGAGAUAAAAUAACAGGGCAAAGCCUCGGCUAUGGAUUUGUGAACUACGUGGAACCCAAGGAUGCGGAAAAAGCCAUCAACACCUUGAAUGGCCUGAGACUUCAGACCAAGACGAUCAAGGUGUCCUAUGCGCGUCCGAGCUCCGCCUCCAUCCGAGAUGCAAAUUUGUACGUCAGCGGCUUGCCAAAGACCAUGACUCAGACGGAACUGGAGCAGCUCUUCUCGCAAUAUGGCCGCAUCAUCACCUCACGUAUUCUCGUGGAUCAGGUCACCGGCCUUUCCAGAGGCGUGGGCUUCAUCCGCUUUGACCGGCGGGUGGAGGCCGAGGAGGCCAUCAAGGGCCUCCACUGUCAAAAGCCGCCUGGCGCCGCCGAGCCCAUCACGGUCAAGUUUGCCAACAACCCCAGCCAGAAAACCAACCAGGCGCUGCUGUCCCAGCUGUACCACUCGCCCAAUCGAAGGUACCCGGGACCGCUCUCACAGCAGGCACAACGCUUCAGGCUGGACAACCUGCUGAACAUGGCCUAUGGUGUGAAAAGGUUCUCAGCCAUGGCCAUCGACGGUGUGACCAGCCUGGCCGGCAUCAACAUCCCGGGUCACAGCAGCGGCUGGUGCAUCUUCGUGUACAACUUGGCCCCCGACGCCGACGAGAGCAUCUUGUGGCAAAUGUUUGGGCCGUUCGGCGCCGUCACCAACGUCAAGGUCAUUCGCGACUUCAACACAAACAAGUGCAAAGGCUUCGGCUUCGUCACCAUGACAAAUUACGACGAGGCGGCCGUGGCCAUCGGCAGCCUGAACGGCUACCGCCUGGGCGACCGCGUGCUGCAGGUGUCGUUCAAGACCAACAAAACCCACAAAGCGUAACCGUCGCACGCGCGCGGCUCACGUCACCUUCCUUUCCGUUUUAGCGCUUGCGCGUUUUGCUCUUGCAUCGUUGCGUCUUGUAUUUCCAUUCUCGUUUUCAUUUGGUUCGCUACAGCUCAUUUUUUCCAGACUUUUUUUUUUUUGUGUUUGUUCCUUUUUUGCGCUUGUGAAAACUUUUCGGUUCUGUUGUGUCUGCGCUUACUGUCUAAUGGAUGAAAAGACAAAAAAAGACAUUCUUAAAGCAAGUACCUUGCCAAAGAGCGCCGAAUCUCUUUGAUGUGGGUUUAAAAGCGUCUAUUUUUAUAAAAAGAGAAAUUUGGAGAAACUUUUUACAGGACCUGGAAGAUAAAUGAUGAUUACAAAGAGAAAAAAAAGUAUUUUGUCUUUAAAGAAAUAUCUUCAUAUGAUACCUUGUGAUGCUUUUGAACUUUACAAGAAAGUUUGCAGCGGGAAACAUUUACGGCAUAAACUCUCGCUUUUGCCAUCUUUCUGGCUCAGCCUUUCCCCAUCGAUUUGCGACGGUGUUUUGAUUGCCAAGCGCACUCGGAUCAGGUCUUCCCAGCCGGUGUAGUUGCGGACCUGCCAGGUCCAUCCUCGCGCUCCUGAUCCAAUAUUUUUACAUAUUGACCAAAAAAAAAAAAGCAUCGGAAUAAGUGUGUAAAGAAGUUUUUUUCUUCUUCUUCUUUUUGACUAUUUGACCAAAUUGUGCUUUAAGUUGGAUGCAUCAAAAUUUUGGGGUGACCAAAGUGGAAAUCCUUCCUUAGUUUACCAGAUGAGGCAUUUACGAUGCAUUUAAUUUGUCAUCGGUUAGUUCUGUUCAAUAGUCUUGUUUAAAAAAAAAAAAAAAAGGAUUGCAGAUUUUGUCGACAUUGCUUUUGUUUUCUAUAUAAACAUUCUUUACGUGGUAAAUGUCGAAAGAGACACACUUUUGAACUCUGAUUAGCUUUUUGUUGAUUCCUAUUCACAUUAUAUAUGAAUAAUCUAUUACGUGAUGCAUAUAUGAACAUUGUUGUCAAUAAUUGGGUAUUAGGACUUGAUGACAAACUAAUAGAGAACAGCGUGCUAUAUAUGCAUUAUGAAUAUCUUUGAAACUCGUUUAGCUUUUCCUCCCAUUUGUGUUUGUGCCUGUCGACUUUGUUUGGACCAUGAGGAAGAUUAGUUUCAGUUGUGAAGUCAGACUGGUUUUUUGGGUUCAGUUGUUUUGUUUGGUUGAAACCAAAUAACCUUGUCUUCAAAGAGGAUGUACAUGUUUUGUUUUAAUAUUUUGGAACUGAGUACCCCCCCAAUUGAGUACGUCAAUAAAAUAUGUUUGAAGGGCAAA